AUGCUGCAUGAUCUGUUAUUAAUGUUAGUGAUCUCGGGAAAGGCCGUAUUUGCGGAACCAGUGUGUGAAUAUAACGCUAAUCAACGAAAAAGUAUAUUACGAGAUCUUCUCGAGGAUUACGACAAAACUAUGGUCCCAUCAAAUGAUUCCGUUAAAGUUAGCGUUGAGCUAACAGUGCAGGAUAUAUCAUCAAUAUCCGAAAUCUCGAGCUCAUUCAUAGCGGACGUGUGGUUUAGCCAGGUGUGGAUAGAUCCACGAUUGCAGUACAAGAACAUUUCAUGUAAAUCCAACCUUUCGUUGGACAGUUACGUCAGUGAACGACUAUGGACACCGAAUGUAUGCUUUGUUAAUAGUAAAAGCACGCAAGUACAUCGAUCACCUGCAUCGAAUAUAUUGCUGAUCAUUUAUCCGAAUGGGACUGUAUGGCUGAACUACCGUGUACAAGUAUCCGCACCUUGCAGUUUCGAGCUUUCACGGUUCCCUAUAGAUGCACAAGAAUGUACAUUAGUAUUCGAGUCUUACUCUUAUAAUAUAGCAGAGGUACGAUUAAAUUGGCAGGAAUGGGCUCCGGUGACAAUGCCACCGUCAGAGGAUUUCCGUUUACCAGAUUUUCAAUUUUAUAACGUUACAUGGGGAAAAGUGGUGAAUGAAUACACGGCUGGGAUGUGGGAUCAGUUGAAGGUGACGUUCAGAUUUAAACGACUAUACGGGUACUAUGUGCUACAAAUGUACCUCCCAACAUACUUAUCGGUGUUCAUAUCGUGGAUUGCAUUCUGGAUCGACACACGGGCGUUACCGGCUCGAAUCACACUAGGUGUCUCCUCACUUAUGGCCCUCACAUUUCAAUUUGGUAAUAUUGUCAAAAAUCUACCUCGAGUCUCAUUUGUAAAGGCUAUUGAUCUGUGGUUUUUCGUGUGUGUUGCCUUUAUUUUUUUCUCAUUGGUUGAGUUGGCUGUGGUAGGAUUUGUGGACAAAAUAUCGGAGAUUAAACGACGAUCGAAACGAUUGCGGCUGCAACGAGCAAUGCAUAGCGGAUAUGCGGUGAAAAAGCCGAAAUCUCCAACUGGAUCAAUGCGUGGUUUACGGUAUCCGGUGAAUAACAAUGGAGACGAAGCAUGGUACCAUAUGAAUGGUGGUGAGAAUGGUUGCUUGAAUGGUUAUAGUCAAGGAUAUUCCACAUAUGCUGAUAUCGAUAUGGGAGCUAGAGUGGAUGCAAUGGCUGCGAAAGCAUUCCCGGCAAUGUUUGCAGCGUUCAACGGUAAGUGCAUGCUUGCAGGAAUUUCAUCAAGUGUUCCUGCGGACAUUAUUUAA